GACAUUGCCGGCCGAAAAAAAUGAUUGUAUUUUCUAUCUCCCUCAAGUAGAAAUCAGAACAUAAAGGAAUCUCUUGCUUCAAUGGAAGAAAAGCCACUUUCUCCUCAUGUUAUCAUCUUUCCUCUCCCAGUCCAAGGCCAUAUAAACUCCAUGCUUAAGCUCGCUGAGCUCCUCAGCCUAGCUGGUCUCAAUAUCACCUUCCUAAACUCCGACAACAAUCAAAAACGCCUCCUACGCUACACUGAUAUUCAUGCUCGUUUUGCUAAUUAUUCUGGAUUCCAGUUCAGGACCUACUCCGAUGGUCUCCCAGAGGAUCACCCUCGAUCAGUUGAUCGAGCGUGGGAGAUAAUCGAGGCCACGAAUUUAAGUGGCGGGCCAUUUCUGAAAGAGUUGCUGACUGAUAUAAGGCCGACAGUGAGCUGUAUAAUAGGAGAUGGAAUUUUGGGGUUUCUUAGUGAUGUAGCUAAGAAGCAUAAAAUUCCACUCAUUCAUUUUCGUACUGCAAGUGCUUGUUCUUUCUGGACCUACUUUUGUAUUCCUCAACUUAUCCAAGCAGGCGAGCUACCUUUGAAUGGAAAAGAAGGCAUGGAUCGUCUGCUAACAACUGUGCCAGGCAUGGAAGAAUUUCUCCGUGGCAGAGAUCUCCCCAGCUUUUGCAGAGCCAAUGACAUAAACGACGGAUUUUUGCAAUUGGUUAUGAAUGAGACUGUAAAGUCAUCUGAAGUCGAUGGUCUGCUAUUAAACACGUUUGAAGACUUAGAAGGACCUGUACUAUCACAUAUACGCACCAAGUGUCCCAAUAUCUACACCAUUGGACCUCUCCACUUGCACCUCCAAACAAGACUUGCCACGGCAAAUGGUAUGAAACCAUCUCAAUCUUCAAACAGUCUCUGGGAAGUGGACAAAAGUUGCAUGUCAUGGCUUGAUAAACAGCCUCCGCAAUCUGUAAUCUACGUGAGCUUUGGAAUUCUUACAGUAUUUACAAGAGAACAAUUGAUGGAGUUCUGGUAUGGGCUUGUAAAUAGUAAACAGAGGUUCUUGUGGGUUGUUAGGCCGGGUUCUGUGGGUGGUGACGAUGAUAGCACAAAGAAGCUUGUGGAGGGGAUUAAAGAAAGAGGAUACAUGGUGGGUUGGGCUCCACAAGAGGAGGUCUUGGCCCACAAGGCGAUCGGUGGGUUCUUGACCCAUAGUGGAUGGAACUCGACUUUAGAGAGCAUAGCAGCCGGGAUUCCUAUGAUAUGUUGGCCAUGUUUAGCUGAUCAACAGGUGAAUAGUAGGUAUGUGAGUGAGGUGUGGAAAAUUGGGGUCGAUAUGAAGGAUGUGUGUGAUAGAAAGAUUGUAAAGAAGAUGGUUAACGAUUUGAUGGUGGACAGAAGGGAGGAGUUUCUGAAAUCAGCUGAUAAGUUUGCUACUUCGGCUAGAAAAAGUAUUAGCGAAGGUGGAAGUUCCUGGGGCAAUUUGGACCGUCUGAUAAAUGACAUAAAGGAUAUGAGCUCACAAGCACAUUCUAUCUGAUAGUUCCUAAGGCUAGCAUGUAUCAAGUUUGCAUUUCUACUAAACAAAUUCUAAAUAAUAAGAAAGGAGAAGAAUUGUUGAAACAAGUAAUGUGGAAUAUGCUGCUUCAAAUUGGAAUAAAGCUGCUUGAAUGUUUUUCUUAGUUCUCAUCAGUUUUGUGUUUCUGUAUCAUAUUAUUCCAUCUCUAGGAGUUAGGAAUGUAUUAUUCACACAAAUUUGAAUGCAAAUCACGAG